GUUUCACUAUCUUUGAACCUCGCAUCUCGCUUUACCUCAAGGAGACACACGAUCCAACCCAUGUCGGGUCCAGGACAUGGCGUGCCUUCGGCCGCUGAAGUCAAUGCGGCUCACGCGGCCAAGAAGCACUUUGUGGGCAUGCCGGCGCCCUUGGGCUACGUAGCUGGCGUGGGACGGGGAGCCACGGGCUUCACCACGCGCUCCGAUAUCGGACCGGCGCGUGAAGCCUCAGAUGUGAGCGAUGACCGACACGCCCCACCGCCCAAGAAACCCCGCAAACACGACGACGACGAAGAGGUGGAUCUGAACGAAUCCAACUACGACGAGUUCGCCGGAUAUGGCGGGUCACUGGUGGGUAAAGCGCGGAAUCGCAAGCAACGAUUGGGCAAUGCGCGCGAGAAGUACACGCCCAUGACGGAUGCCAUGUUGGCCAAGAGCAUGGGGGGACAGAGCGUGUCGGCCAUUGAUCCGAAAUCCGGGCUGGCCUCGGCCUUACCCGGCACGGCCAGUGGGAUGCUGACCCCCUCGGGCGAUCUGGAUUUGCGCAAGAUUGGGCAAGCGCGGAAUACCUUGAUGGAUCUGAAGUUGAAGCAAAGCUCAGAUUCGGUGUCCGGGCAGACGGUCGUCGAUCCCAAGGGUUACUUGACCGACCUUCAGUCCAUGAUCCCGACUUAUGGUGGGGAUAUCAAUGAUGUGAAGAAAGCGCGAUUGUUGCUCAAAUCGAUUCGCGAAACCAAUCCCAAUCACCCCCCGGCUUGGAUCGCUUCGGCUCGUUUGGAAGAGGUCACGGGCAAAAUUCAGGCCGCUCGCAAUCUCAUUAUGAAAGGCACGGAGGUGUGUCCCAAAUCCGAGGACGUCUGGUUGGAAGCGGCUAGGCUACAAACCCCUGAAAUCGCCAAAGCUUGCGUGGCUCAAGCGGUGGCUGAGAUCCCCAUGGCCGUGCGACUUUGGAUGAAAGCGGCUGAUCUUGAGCAAGAAGACAAGUCCAAGAAGAAGGUGUUCCGCAAGGCCUUGGAGCGUAUCCCUAAUUCGGUCAAGUUGUGGAAGGCUGCUGUGGAAUUGGAAAAUCCAGAAGACGCUCGGAUUCUGUUAGCGCGAGCCGUCGAGUGUUGUCCGGCCAGUACCGAACUUUGGAUGGCCUUGGCACGGCUCGAGACGUAUGAGAAUGCCCGCAAAGUCUUGAACACGGCUCGGGAACACAAUCCCACCGAUCGGACCAUCUGGAUUUCCGCUGCUAAGCUAGAGGAAGCUAAUGGCAACGACAAGAUGGUCCAAAAGAUCGUGGACCGAGCCAUUGCCGCCCUUUCCGCCAGUGGAGUUGAGAUUAACAAGGAAUUCUGGAUGAAAGAUGCCAUGGACUCCGAGAAAGGUGGUUCCAUCAUGACUUGCCAAGCUAUCAUCAAAGCCGUGAUCGGAGUUGGAGUCGACGAAGAAGAUCGAAAGGAGACCUGGCUGGAGGAUGCUGAAUCUUGUAUCAAUCAACAGGCUAACGAGUGCGCUCGAGCGAUUUUCGCUCACGCCCUUUCCGUGUUCCCCAAGAAGAAAUCCAUUUGGCUUCGAGCGGCUUAUUUCGAAAAAUCCCACGGGACCCGCGAGUCUUUGGAAUCUCUGCUCCAACAAGCCGUUCAGCAUUGUCCACAAGCCGAAGUUUUGUGGCUGAUGGGCGCCAAAUCCAAGUGGUUGGCCAAUGAUGUACCCGCUGCUCGUAGUAUUCUAUCCUUGGCUUUCCAGGCCAAUCCCAACUCCGAGGAAAUCUGGUUGGCUGCCGUGAAAUUGGAGAGCGAAAACAACGAAUAUGACAGGGCGAGAAAGUUGUUGACCCGCGCCCGAGAUAGCAAAAAAGGUGCCCCCACCGCUCGAGUAUAUAUGAAGAGUGCUAAAUUAGAGUGGGAGCUAGAUGCUCUCAAGACAGCAUUGAAACUCGUUGAAGAGGGUCUUGAGAAAUACGACGAUUUUGACAAGUUGUGGAUGAUGAAGGCUCAGAUAUUGCAGGCCCUGAAGAAAAUUGAAGCUGCCCGUGACACGUUCGGUGUUGCUGUGAAGCGAUGUCCUCAAUCUGUCCCUCUGUGGAGAUUAGCCGCCAGAUUGGAGCUCGAUCAGAAUAACACCACCAAGGCUAGGUCGAUCAUAGAAAAAGCCAGACUCAGAAAUUCAAGGAAUCCGGAGUUGUGGUUGGAGGCAGUGCGAAUCGAGCGCGAGAAAGGCACCAAAGAGCAGGCAUUGGCAUUGAUGGCCCGAGCACUUCAAGAAUGUCCCACGUCCGGUAUUUUAUGGGCCGAGGCCAUUUUCAUGGAAAACAAGCCACAACGCAAAUCGAAGAGCGUGGAGGCCUUGAAAAAAUGUGAGCAUGACCCAAAUGUCCUUUUGGCCGUGGCACGGCUUUUUUGGAGCGAGAGGAAAGUCGAAAAGUGUCGCGAUUGGAUGACGAGAACAGUCAAAUUGGAACCAGAUCUCGGUGACUCGUGGGUCAACUAUUACAAAUUUGAACUCCUCCACGGAACACUGGACCAACAAGAAGAUAUCAAAAAACGAUGUAUUGCCUCGGAGCCCAAGCACGGCGAGUUAUGGUGUAAAUACUCCAAGGACAUUCGAUAUUGGAAGGAGAGUAUAGAAUUUUUCCUACUCAUGGCCGCCAAGGACCUCAAACCACCCCAAUGAAGCAUAUGUGAAAGACACGCACGCUAUUCUAUAAUUCAUUAUGGUUAAUAAUCAAUAAAAUUACCAAAAACUCACUUAA